GAGAGUCGCGUCUCUCAAGCCAAAACAGAGUGCGCCCGUCUCUGCUGCGACCCACAGAGCGGCUCCUCCACGAUUUGCCGCACAUUCACCCUGAACCUUCGACCUGUCGCCAGAAAAGUUUUGACCGAAUGGAUGGAGUAGCUUAUCGGCAAGUGACGCGUUGUUUCCCCAAAUGACGAACGACACCAAGGUCACCAAUUAGCUCGCCAGGGAUCCUCCGCCACUAUACACCUGAGCGACCCUGACAGCACUCUCCGUCCGAAAAAUGUCUUCGUGCGCCGCCGAGGCCAAAUCCAAAGUGGCCCACCAGCCGCCCAGUCUGUUGGCCUCCCUUGGCUCUCUCCUAGCCGUCAUCAGCACUGCUCUCAUAUUCUUCGCAGCGUUCCGCAAUACUCUCACAUGGCACCUGCAACGCUUUUGGGGAGCCUCAGGAGACUUUUGGCAAUCACAGUGGGACUUCAUUUUGGACACAUUUGGCGAAGACCCACGCGGUUUUUGGGUUUUCGGCACAACUUUCCUCACCAUGGCCGUUUAUUGGCUGGUCGGAGGACUCUACACUUUGCUUGACGUCACCAACAGGCCUAGUUGCCUGCGGAAAUACAAAAUCCAGCCAGGGACCAAUGAGCCUGUGGAAACGACAAGGUUGCUGAAGGUUUUGAGCCAAGUUUUGUUCAACCAACUGGCAGUGGGCAUCCCAACUGCAUACUUCAGCUUUGCCCUGAUGGAGUGGAGGGGCUAUCCGCCACUCAGGGAACUUCCGACCUUCCACUGGGUGCUUGCUGAAAUGGCAUUCCUAAUUUUAAUUGAAGAGUUUGGGUUUUACUAUUCUCACAGGUUGCUUCAUAGCAAGCACCUUUACAAAAUUAUCCACAAGAAGCACCACGAGUGGACUGCGCCGAUUGCAGUGACUGCCAUUUACUGCCACCCGAUUGAGCACAUUUUCUCAAAUCUGGUGCCACCCUUUCUCGGCGUGUUCAUCCUCGGCUCGCACCUGGCCACUUCUUGGCUCUGGUUUUGCCUGGCAAUCCUCUCCACCCUGAAUGCUCACUCAGGAUACCACCUGCCUUUCUUCCCGUCACCUGAGGCCCACGAUUUUCACCACCUGAAAUUCAAUCAGUGCUUUGGAGUUUUGGGAAUUUUGGACCGUCUGCACGGCACAGACACCCUGUUUCGCAGCACUCAAGCGUACAAUAGGCAUCUGAUGAUGCUGAGCUUGAUCCCUGUCAGGAACGCCUUCCCUGACAACAGCAAAUUCUCCUCAAGGAAAAAUAACUAGAUUUACUCAACGGACUCAACGCUAAAAAUAACACCUAAGUUCAUAAUUAAUUUGUAACGGUAAUAUUUAAAUAUAUGGGCAUCGUUCAACUCUUUUAUCUGUUGGAUUGUAAGAUUAAAUGUGAGCGUGUAUUAAAAAAAGAAUAUAUAUUUAUUUUGGAAUAAACUGCUGAAAAUGAAAACUAUUUUAAGUAAAAAAGUUUUGUGUGUAAAUGUAUGAAGCAAAUUUUGGCUACAAUAAUUUGUUGAAUUUAAUAUACUAUAACUAGUCUGGAUCUUGAUGUGAACGAAUAAAAAAAAGCUUUCUUUUCUGAA